CGCUCCGCCCGCCCGGCCCCGGCCCCCAGGAGGAGGCGCUGACGCAGCAGCGUGGAGCCCGGGAAUUGAGCGCCCCCGGGGGGUUCCAGCCGCCGGAUUCCAGCCCGGCCAGGGCCUGCGGGCGCUCUGAGCCGCGCCGUCCGCACCGCCGUCAGGAUCAGAGGUACUCCAUGACACACACUCGGAGGAAGUCUCUUCCCAUGCUGAGUUCGGGCCCCACAGGCCGCCAGGAGCCCUUGCAGAUGGAAGGCAGCAGUGUGGAGCAGGGGGCAGAGGUUGUGGAGCCAGGCACACCUGAGAGCCCAGGGCACCUCACAGGGCGCCGUAAGAACUACCCACUGCGUAAGCGCCCAUUAGUUCCUGAGAAGCCCAAGGCCUGCAAAGUGUUGCUGACCCGCCUGGAGAAUGUGGCUGGUCCACGGAGUGCAGAUGAGGCUGAUGAGCUGCCCCCUGACCUGCCCAAGCCCCCUAGCCCAGCCCCAUCCAGUGAGGACACUGGCCUCCCCCAGCCCCGCAAGCGGCGCCUGGCCUCCCUCAAUGCUGAGGCCCUCAAUAACUUGCUGCUGGAGCGGGAAGACACCAGCAGCCUGGUGGGCACCCGCCGCAGCCGAGGGGGAGACUCCCACCGCAGCCGGGACCGCGACCGGGCCACUGGAGGCUGGGCUUCCUCCAAGAAGCGGCCCCGGCUGGGGGACCUUGGAGGAGGAAGUCGGGACCUGUCCCCGGAGUCAGCACCGGAUGAAGGUGCCCGCCGAGAUGGUGAUCCAGCCCCCAAGAGACUGGCCAGCCUGAAUGCAGCUGCCUUUCUAAAGCUGAGCCAGGAGCGGGAGCUACCCCUUCGGCCGCCUCGGGCCCACCCAGAAGCAGAUGGGCACUCCACUGAGCCACCAGCACCAAAGGCCGCAAGGCCAAAGUGGGCCAAGGUCAAUGGCAAGAACUAUCCCAGGGCCCGGCAGGGGGCUGGCUCUGGGGAUGCUGCAGGCCCAGCCGGCUGGCAGGGGCGCCCCGAGGAGCCAUGGCCACCUGCUACCCCUCGUGGGCCAUCCAACCAGCCACCUUACCAGCCCCUCAGCAAGGCUCUGGAGAGACCCAUGGGGAUACGCCCCCACCUGCCCCUGCUGAUGGGUGGGCAGGCAGCCCUGAAGCCAGAGCCUGGGCGCCCAGGCGAGGAAUCACCUGCCCCCAAGCAGGAACUGCACCAGCCCUCUUUCCCCGCGCCCCAGCUGUCCCCCUUACCGAUGCCUGGCAACCCCGCUGACUACAGUGGCCUGUGUGGUCGGCCUGAGCUCACUGCGCUAGGCAACUUCUACCUGUAUUGCAGCCAGGACGGGCUGCAAUGUGGGGGCUACUCCCCCUGCCCCAUGCUCCCUGAGGGCAAGCUGUCCCCUGUGGCUGCACCUAAUGAGGGGCUCCUUUUGGCCCCAAGCUCAGUGCCUGUGGGCACCCCAUUCCAGCACCCUCCAUGGGGUUCUCGCUAUUGCUCCAAUGAGGACAGUGGAGUGAAUGGCUACAGCAUCUGUGAAAUGUUGCCCCCGUCUCUUACCCACAUUGGCACUACCUGUGGCGGCUGCCCCUACAAAAUGCCUUUUGCAGCAGAAGGCUGCAGGUCCCUGGGCCAGCUGGAAUUUCCUCUCCCAGAAGCUGGCCACCCUGCCUCGCCUGCCCACCCUCUCCUGGGAUGCCCUGUGCCCAGCGUGCCACCUGCAGCAGAGCCCGUCCCCCAUCUUCAGACCCCCACCUCGGAGCCCCAGACAGUAGCUCGCGCAUGCCCUCAGAGCGCCAAGCCUCCUAGCGGCUCCAAGUCAGGUCUGCGCACGGGCUCCAGCUGUAGGCACACUGUGCGGAGCAAGGCUGCCCGCAGGCCCAGUCACCCCAAGCAACCGCGUGUCCAGCGCCCACGCCCGCGCCGCCGCCGCCGCCGCCGCACUAACGGCUGGGUGCCCGUCGGGGCUGCCUGUGAGAAGGCCGUCUAUGUCUUGGAUGAACCGGAACCAGCCAUUCGAAAGAGCUACCAGGCGGUGGAGCGGCAUGGAGAGACCAUUCGAGUCCGGGAUACUGUCCUCCUCAAGUCAGGCCCUCGAAAGACAUCCACACCUUAUGUGGCUAAGAUCUCUGCCCUCUGGGAGAACCCCGAAUCAGGAGAGCUGAUGAUGAGCCUCUUGUGGUAUUACAGACCAGAGCACUUACAGGGCGGCCGCAGUCCCAGCAUGCACGAGCCUUUGCAGAAUGAAGUCUUUGCAUCGAGACAUCAGGACCAAAACAGUGUGGCCUGCAUUGAAGAGAAGUGCUACGUGCUGACCUUUGCCGAGUACUGCAGAUUUUGUGCCAUGGCCAAGCGCCGAGGUGAGGGCCUCCCCAGCCGAAAGACGGCACUGGUGCCCCCCUCUGUGGACUACUCCACCCCACCACACCGUACAGUGCCCGAAGACACGGACCCUGAGCUGGUGUUUCUUUGCCGCCAUGUCUAUGACUUCCGCCAUGGCCGCAUCCUCAAGAACCCCCAGUAGCCUCCUCAGGCCCACGCUGGGGCCACCCACGGGCAAGUGGGGCUCAGGGCAGGGGGCACUGCUUGAAGCACAGCACUUGGUUAAGGGGCCACAGGAGCCUGAGGUUGCUGGCCUGUGGUUCUCUUGGGGGAGGGGUGGGUGGGCAGGGGCCCCUAUGGGUUUAGACCCCAUGGGAGGGAAGGGGAGGCCAGGGUAUAAGAAAAGCAUCAGAGUCCUCAGCUUGGUCCAGGGUACCUCUCUGUGGUCCCCUGGGCAGAGGCUCCUGAAGAAGCAGUCUUCCCAGAUGCUGGGCCAAGCGUGAGGGGCGUGGGCUCUGGGGGGUUUCCAGGGAGGUCCUUUAGGAACCAGGCCCAACAGGCCCUUCUUUACCCUCCUCUGGGCCCUUCAAAGGGGAGUGGGAGCCAGCUUUACCUCACCCACUGUGACCCGCUGCUUCCCCAUCAGCCUGGGACCAGGCUCUCCUAGAUUCUAGCACAGCUCUGAGCUCAUUCCCUUGAGGCAUAGGGAGCCAGAGUCUGGCUCCCAGAGCAUUGACUGCCUCUUCCUGGACUUGGGGUCUUUCCCUGGCAUUCUUCCUUUGCCCCUGCAGUAGCCCCUGGUGCUGGGACAAGUUACCCAGCCCCCAUAGUCAUAGGUGUGGCCCACUUAUGGGAGUCAGCUUCCUGUCCACCUCCUGGUGAAGGCCACCCAGCAGGUCUGGCUUCCCAGAAGUUCACUGAUCAACCGGGGUUUUGUCAUGUCUGGGAGAGCAGAAGGGAGCUGGGAGGGGGUGGGGGGCAGGGGGCAAGGAAAAUUGCUACCUGAUUUACUGAAGACUUUUUCUCUUGCCUUACACUUGGAGGUUCUGGGAAACCUCUUGCAGAACUUCACACAAGACUCUUUAAGCCACACCCACCUGAAAUCAAACCAAAGGAGUGCUGUGGCUCCCCUUGCCCUGCCACCCCUUAGCCUAGUCUUUUGUAGAUUGCACUAAUUUACAUCCCAGCGAGAAUCAACACUGUAUCAGUCCACAGACCUGCUGAGCUGCAGCCACUCACUCUAGGAGCUAAGGACCUGCAUUUUCAGUUUGUUCCUGUUCCCCAGGGGCCCUGUUCUCACCUCAUGUUGCUCCCCAGAGUAGAUUAGGAGGCUCAGCCCCCUGCUGUCCUUGUCAGAACUAGGCCCUGGCCCUGGGGCAUUCUGUGUGAAGGCUGGAGCAGUCUGGUUCUUUCCUAUUUGUACCAAAGAGGAGCCUGGUGGGGAGAGGGAGAGGGGCCCAGCUUCUCGUGAGCACCUCCACAGGGCACAGCCCUGGGAACAGGAGCCAAGGAGGGCAGCACUGGGUCCUCCUCCCCUAGGGAGGGGCAGACACAGACCCUGAAGGCUGAGGAGGUGGCACUGGGUGAGGACAGUUGGGCAGGAGCUGGAGAGGGAGGUGGAGGCGAAUCCUGAGGGCACUCCCAACAACCCCCCACCCCCCCACCCCGCCCUGUGUUGUUCCUGAGAAGAUGGCUGCUCCUGAUUGGUCAUUGGGCUUGGAAGAGGCCUAGGCGCUUCAGAGGUGAAUUUACAUGUGGGAAGCCCAGUCCCAAACCUGAAGGGCAGGAACUUGGAUCCCCUUGUAUUAAAUAAGCUGUUUGGAGGAAGGCAUCAGUCCGGGAGGGCAGGGCAGUAAGAGGUUGGCGGAGUAGCCGUGGGGCCAUGAGGGCUCCAGAGAGCCAGUCUUAAGAGCCUUCUCUUUGCUGGGGUGCUGGGCCCUUGCUGCCAAGUAGCCCAGCCUUACCCAGCGGGAGCAGGCCCCUCCUCCCAGAAGGCAGGGUCUGCUGCCCAGAAUUAAAAUGCUUUUGAAAUCUCUUAGAUGUGGAAAUAUUUUUUCGAACCUGAAAAUGCAGCUGGUAGAAUUUCAAUGGAAGCAUAAUUCAUGUAAAAUAUAUUUUAGUUGAUAUUUUGUAAAAUGCACUUUUUGUGUGUGUCUACUCUGGUUUCUCAGAUCUGUAUUUCAGUGUUUACAAGGGAGGGAGGACCUUCCCUCACCUCCCUUUUGACAGAGACUAGAAGUACUUCUUUAAGAAAAAUAAAUUUGAGAAAUUGUAUUGAUUUAGAAAAGGA